CAAUUAGGCCAUCCAUAUAUAUAAUUGGAAAGAGUAAGUCAAAGGUAGAAAAAUCGUUCCUAACAACAUAACAGAAAAUGGGCAAGCUUUCAUUUUUUGUAAAUUACAAUUUUUUAAAAAGAAGAAGAAGAAGAGUCACAAAAUAAGGAGAGAGCUAACACGUACUGACUAUAACUAGUUAACAAGUUGUUGAUUGUCAUUGUAAUUGAAUCUUCAAAUUCUAUGAUUUAUUCAUGAAUCUCUUAUACAUCAGCUGAAUUUCGAUCCUUUUGCUGAACAGGGCAGCAUCAUGAGAGACACUAUGGUAAUGCCGGGCUACAGACAGAGGACGCAUCUGAAGAACAAGAAGCCAAUAUGGGUAAUUCUAACGGUGUUUCUGGUGAGCAUUUUUUUGAUAGGUGCCUCUGUGUUCAGACCAAGAAGCUCCGCAGCCUGUUAUUUCUUUCCUUCAAGCACCUGUAACUUUUACCAAAAGCCUCAGUUUGUUCCGUCCAGAGAAUUAAGUGAUGAUGAGACCGUAGCUCAGGUUGUAAUUCGUGAAAUUCUCAAGAUGCCUCAUAUCCAAUCUAAUAACCCCAAAAUCGCUUUUAUGUUUCUGACUCCUGGCUCUUUACCAUUCGAGAGACUCUGGGAAAAGUUCUUUUACGGGCAUGAGGAUAGAUUCUCGGUGUAUGUACAUGCUUCUAGAGAAAAACCUCUUCAUGUCAGUCGUUAUUUUGUUGGUCGAGAUAUUCGCAGUGACAAGGUGGAAUGGGGAAAAAUUUCCAUGGUUGAAGCAGAGAAGAGGCUACUGGCUCAUGCACUUUUAGAUCCUGAUAACCAACAAUUCGUCCUGCUCUCUGAUAGCUGUGUGCCACUGCAUGCAUUUGACUAUGUAUAUAAUUACUUGAUGUUCACAAAUAUUAGCUAUAUUGACAGUUUCGAGGACCUUGGUCCUGAUGGAAGUGGACGAUAUUCAGAGCGUAUGCUUCCUGAGGUUGAAAAAAAGGAUUUUCGAAAAGGUUCACAGUGGUUCACCAUGAAGCGGCAGCAUGCUAUCAUCAUCAUGUCAGACUUCCUGUAUUACACAAAAUUUAGGCUCUACUGCAAGCCCAACAUGGACGGACGCAAUUGCUACGCAGACGAGCAUUAUUUGCCAACCCUUUUUCACAUGAUCGAUCCUGACGGCAUUGCUAAGUGGUCAGUAACACACGUCGACUGGUCUGAAAGAAAGUGGCAUCCUAAAGCAUAUAGGGCCCGCGAUGUUACUUACGAACUCCUUAAAAACAUUACGUCUACAGACGUGGCCUUGCAUCUUACGAGUGAUGAAAAGAAGGCAGUGGUGACAGGACCCUGUUUGUGGAAUGGAAUGAGGCGACCCUGCUACUUAUUUGCUAGAAAGUUCUACCCAGAAACUCUUGAUAAAUUAUUGUUCCUUUUCUCUAAUUAUACGACCAUUUAGGAUUCUUCUGCACAUACAAUACAGUAUUCUUUUAGAUUUGUUUGCUCGUAAUUGAUUUAUAGAAUUAGAAUGUAAGACCGGAUACCGUUACACAUUUUGUUUGCUUCAUGCGAUCAUGAAAUUAGAGUUCUUAAUCC